CUAAACAAUAAAAAGUAGUCAAAAUUGAUCUUGUUAGAUUUCUUUUUAUAUUAAAUAAUAUGAUUUUAUAAUUUAUUUUAUUUUUAAAAUGAUAUCAAUGAAGGAAAUUUAUAUUUUUUAAAUAAAUUUAAAAUAUGGUAAGAAUAAUCUUGUAUUUUCAAAACAGCUUUUCGCAUUAGCUCCAGAUUGGAGCUUCUGCUUUUAUGUUAUACAAAAACGCUUUUCAUCUUUUCAAAAACAGAAAAACACUUCUAAAAGCCGGGCCAUCAGCUUUUCUUCCGAACCCUAGCUCCUACGCUUCUGCCUCCAUUUUAAAUGUUCCCGAAACCAAAUUUCUCCUUUUUCCUGAAACUCGCCCGCACGAACCGAUUGAUUAGAGAGAGAAUUAGAGAGAGCGAGAGGCGCCAAAAAGUUCGAGAGUUCUCGCUUCUUCGGUUUGUUGUUCUCUUUUUCCCUUUUCGGUUAGUGGAUGGAGAGGUUGGAAUCGGCGCCGGCGACAACGCCGGAGGAGGUGAAGUAUGUCAGCUGGGAGGAGGUGAAUGCGAGGAGAGAUACAGGGAGGGCAGAGGUUCGAUAUUACCUGAGCCGGAACGACAGAGGUACGGAUCUUGCUGUCGUUGGCAAAGAGAAGAGCUUGAGGCAUAUUUCUUACCGCUACGGCAACCGGAUUCGUUCCCUUUCCGUUUCUAUGGGUCCGCUGUUGAAGCUCGGGACCAGGCGUGAGGUUGUGGAUUGGCUCAACUCGAUUGUUUCAGGUUAGUAACUCGUAAAUUGGAACAAAAGACCCCAGCUUUGGUUUCAAAUUCUCCGAUUAUCUGUUCAUUUCUAGCUUUCUUCGGGAGUUCUCAAGACGUCCGCAUAGAAUUGUCAAAUUUUUGGUUUCUGGGAUGUCCUGGUUUGUCUUGUAAAAAAUAAACCUGUUCAGGAGCUCUUGGUAUUCGUGCUUGUCUAGUAAAAAUUUAGUCUUUCGGUAAUUGGCUCGAGGGAAAAUCUGGACCAGCUGCAUGUGCUAAUUGAGAGGGUUGCAGAUAUUGUUAAAGAGCUGGUAUAUAUUUGAACCAUACAACAGUAGUGAUUCUAGUGAGCAUCAGAUAUUGUUUUUGGUGCCUUUGCUGUAAACUGACUGUGAUCUGGGUUGCAGGGAUGCUUAUUCCAUUUUAAAGAGCUGGUCGAGAGCAUCGGAUCCUCAUGCCCUCAGUAACUAGGUUGUGAAUUUUUUUUUUUCCGUGAAAAUUAUUGUCAUGAUUUACCUGUGAUGCUUACUUGGUUUGUUGUUGAUUUUCUCUCUGUGAUAUGCAUUUAAACCAUUGCAUGUUUGCUGAAUGUUCUUGUUAUUGUCUAGCCUUUCUAGUGGUAUGUCUGCAUUUGAUAUUUAUGUCUGGCUCACUUGUAUAUUUAGUGUUGUUUCUGACUCUUCCUUUCUCUAGCUAUAGAAUUCUCUGUUUUCCUUGGUGACGGCUCUUAUUUUUAAUACGCUUUGAUUUUACAGAUUCAUCGCAGCAACAGUCAUAUGUAUCAGCAAGAUCUCUUAGCAGCAGUUAUGCCUGUGAAUCAGAUGUUUUGAAUAUCGAGGUUGAGCUCACUUUGACUUUGACAUAUGGGGGUAAUAUGGUUAGUCUGUGGAUGCUCUAGUAGAGUUAUUUACCCUUUUUCGUGUUCUUUUUUCAGGGUCCUCAAUCUCUGAACAUCAGUCAUGUUGCUAGAUCAUUUUCGUGGAUGGGCUCCCCUUGGAUGUGCCGGAGAAAAAGAAAACACUUUCCAUAGAAAUGGUGUUAAAAUUUCCGUGAGUUAAAAGGUCCCUUGUUUAUUGUUUACACUUGAGUAGUUUUGUUUAGUUUUUGAUUGUUAAUAUCCUUUCAGGUGUAUGAUUUUGUGUACGUUCUAGUUGAGGAAGGAAAAAGACUUGUUGCAUACUUGGAAGAUAUGUAUGAAGAUUCAAAUGGCAGUAAGAUGGUUGUGGUACGAUGGUUUCAUAAAAUUGAUGAGGUUGGUAUUAUUCUGCCUCACAAUUACAAUGAAAGAGAGGUUUUCUUCUCUCUUUGUCUGCAAGAUUUAAGUGUUGAAUGCAUAGACGGUUUGGCUGUCAUCCUCAGUUCUCAGCACUUCCAGAAGUUCCAGAGUGUGGCAGCACAUACUAGGAUGAACCCGUUCGUAUGCUACCAUCUGUUUGAAGAUGAUGAAGUAAAGCCCUUCAAUGUCACUAGAGUGAAAGGCUACUGGAACCAAUAAAUAGUGAAGCAUAUGUACCCUGUAUCUGGUUACAAAAAAGAUCAGGCAGAUUUGCAGCAGUUUGGUCACGAUGAUGAGGUCAGGCCUACAAAGAGGCAUUGUCGAUCCAGAGGUGAUAGUUUGCAUGCCCUUGAUCAACUGCAAAGAGUUAAGGAUAAGCACGACUUAUGUGGUAGUUUGCCCGACAGCAAAGUAGUCGAGUCCUGUCCUCCUGUAUGCGGAGGACAAACCGUUGCAUUGUUAUCCAAGACUGAGGUCAAGGCGAACCCUCAUCAGCAUCUGAAGGUUGGCCAUGAAGUUGAAGUGCUCUCACAGGAUAGUGGAAUUCGAGGAUGCUGGUUUAGGGCUAGAAUAAUUAAGAAGCAUAAGGAUAAAGUUAAAGUGAGGUAUGAUGAUAUUCAAGAUGCAUCUGAUGAAGCCAAAAAGCUGGAGGAGUGGAUGCUGGCAUCUCGAGUUGCUAAUCCUGACAAGUUGGGCAUCCGGAUAUCUGGAAGGAUAACUGUCCGUCCUGCCCCCGAGUUGGAUAAAGAUUGCCUGAUUGACGUCAAACCCGGAGCUGCUGUUGAUGUGUGGUGCAUGAUGGCUGGUGGGAAGGGAUUAUUGUUGAAAUGGAAUCUGAGCAGACAGUUCGUGUUCAUUUCCCAGGAGAGAAUAAGGAAGCAGUGUUUGUUCGUUCCGACUUGAGACAGUCUCAAGAAUGGUUAGGGAAAGGUUGGAUAAAACUCGAGGCAAGGCCUGAGAUUGUGGAUUCUAUUCCAUCUCGGUCAUUAAGCAAGCCUAUAGUGAGCCAACAAGUUGCUAGUAAGUUGGCUCAUCCUACAAUUUCUGAUCCGAUGCAUCAUCCCAGGAAAGUUGAAACCAGCAGCAGUGGCAAGUUAAGUUCUGAUCAGCAGCAUUCCAGAAAAGUUGAAACUGACAGUAGCAAGUUAUGUUUAGAUUCUAGAAGCGACGAUGAUAGAAAUGAAGAAUUGAAGAAAGUGGUUUUGGAUCUGUCAAAAGAUGAUUUUCUGACCCAACUCAGAUGGAAAUCCUCAAGGAAGAGAAGACGUGGUCCUGAUGGUGGCGGAACGCCUGCAUCUGACCUGAAUAUCAACCAGAAGAACAAGAGCACCAAAAUGAGUCUUCUAAACAUCCCCGGACCAGAUGCCAGACUUCUGAUUUCUAAUGCGUUGAGCAUUGACCAUGACAACCGCAAGUACACGAGAGAUUUGCUGUUUGCAUCCUCUGCUGUACAGCCUUUAACAAGCUUAGUGAUGUCAAGAUGAACGACACAUGUUUUGUUUCUUCUUGGGUUGCUGGAGUUGGGAGUAGCAGCAUCAUUGAACAAGAUGCUGGCUAUGUGCAAUGUUUAUCUCACUUGACGCAGGCUUGCAGCCUUUGGUACCUCAGUUGUCAGCAUUCCUGGAGCAGAAGUAAAUCUUUGUUAGCUAGCUACUAACCUUGUUGUAUUGUAUAGUCCCUGAUAGCCAUAGCCUUUCUGUAGGAGUUUGUUCUUGCUGCAGGGAAUAGAUAAAUCAGUUUUUGGAUGAGUUUCUAGUGUCCAAUUCCUGUAGCAUUUUGUACAUAAGCGCAAUCAUUGUUUAAUGAAAAUCGUGACAGCAUCCUUCCCUUAUUCGUUGUAGUUGCCUCAGUCUGUCCUUUCCUCUAUUUCGGUCGUCUGUUUUCUUUCCAGGGGUCCUUGCGCAAUGUUCCAUAAGUAGCAGGCUUAAUGGGUUGUCAAGCAACAGAGGAUAAUCUGAUUCAAGAUUAUUAUAUAGGGAGGCAAUAAGGUUUAAGGUUAUUG